AUGUCUGUGCCGUUCUCCAUCUCAUCUUCUUCCUACGGUUCAAGUUCAUCAGGAAGUUCAGAUUGCAAAUCCGGCAAAGUUCUCCAUCUAAAAGGACAACCACUGCUCAUAGAGCAGCUCAUUGGAAAAGGAACUUUUGCUGAGGUUUAUACGGCACGACAUGAGGCGAGCAGGAAACUGUUUGCCCUUAAGUUCUUACCUCAGGAUUCAGAUUUUGAUCGGAGGAUUAUGGAAUCGGAGGUGGAAAUUGUCCGCCUCGUAACACAAAAUGUAGCUUAUCGAAAGCACUUUCCUCGUAUUUUCUGUAUAACUUCAUGGAAUCAAUACAGAUGUAUCGUCAUGGAAAAAAUGGAUAUCGAUCUGUUUUCAUUCUUAAACGCGAAUGAUGGGCGUCCAAUUGAUCUCCACCACAUCAGGAAUAUAGGGAAACAAGUUUUAUCUGCUACUUCGUAUUUACAUUCCCUUGGUAUCAUUCACACUGACAUUAAACCAGAAAAUAUUGUUAUAGCAAAUGCUCUUAAGUCACCUUAUGAUGUCCGACUAAUUGACCUGGGAUGUGCUAUCAUGUCAUCUGCUUCGCCAUCUCUAACAGGACGUCAAAUACAGUCAAUGUUCUAUAGAUCACCUGAAGUCCUGUUGGGAUCACCUUUCAACGAAGCCAUAGACAUCUGGUCGAUCGGUUGCGUACUCGCAGAGCUAUACAUGGGAUUCCCACUGUAUCCGGGACAGUCCCAACGUCAAAUGAUCAAAUUAAUUACUUCAACACAAGGGUUUCCGCCACAGUUAGAACAAUCAAUGUAUUGGACGAAGUAUAUUUCAGUCGUAAAACGCCAAACAGAGUUAGGUAAAACAUUCCGGGCCUACCGUUUAAAAACGGAACAAGAAUACCUUACAAAUGGUGGAAGUAUGUCUGACCUUAGGUUUGAAAGACUACCUCAUUUUUAUAAGUUAUCAGAGAUUUGUGGAUUUGGGCUCAAUUACUGUUUGAAAGGAGGAAUCCGAGAUUCGGAUAUGGAAUUCGCUUCUUUCCUCGAUAGAUUAUUGAAUCUAUCUUCAAACAAACGUUAUACAGCUCGUGAAGCUUUACAGGAUAGUUUUUUGACGCAGCAUAAAAGUGAUCGAACAAUCAUGGAUGGAACUUCUGAUACUAGGACCUUCAAAAAGGCCGUCAGAAAAUCAAAAAGUUUAGUUAUUCUUUAA